CAGCAGUGUACCAGAGGCCUUGUGGUGGUGUGUGUGAGUGAUCCGCCCCGCAGCGCAACUCACCUCGCUUUCUUCAACGGCCUUCGUGUAGCAGUUAUCUAUCGUUCAGACCAGCUCGACGCAGUCGCAGUUUUCCGCGAUCUUCUCGUCUAUCCUCACUUUCCAGCUGAUCCGAUAGCACGGCUAACCUACAGUCUUUCGUAGCUGAGCUGUUAAGCUAGGCUGGCUAGGUUGGAGGUAUUGUUCGACUUAGCGGCGAGCCAUGUUCUGAUCACGCACCUCGGAUUGAUGUUGUAAACUCGACGGCGACGAAGGCCUAAGAACACGGGACCGACUCAGUUUUCUCGCUUUAAUCUGUUUCUACACCGGUUCGGAAAAGAUCACACUAGGCCGUCUCUCUGGCCCACCUCGCAACGUUGCACUCGACACGGGACGUGUCAAACCCGAGGCGUUGUAACUUUCCCAGAAGAAGUCGAGCCUUGCCAAGAGUUCCACUUGAGACAGGACGAAUCAAGCUCAUUGCCCUUGCAACGUGCUCAGAAAAAGGCUUGCUAACCUUGCCAAGGGUCACACGUCUAACCUUGCCGAGGUUUGCUCUUGACAAGGAAAGAGCAGAUGUCGCCUAAGCCUGGCCCGCUGUUCCACGUCCCAUGGCGCUGGAUGGGAGGUUUCAAGUAUAUGAUCCUCGCGCCGUUCCUCGCACGUGCCGUGCACGCGCAUCUGUACGGCGGCGAUGACGUGGACGCGUGGAGCUUCCACAUGGUGCUGCUAGCGCUGCUGCGAUUCGCGCACGGGAACCUCUGGAUGGCCGUGUCGCGGUGGCCGUACUUAAUCGACCGGUACAGAAUAGAGAAGAAGGGGAUCAAUUUCGACCAAGUCGAUCGGGAAUCGCACUGGGAUGACGCCAUUAUCCUCCAGGCGCUAGUGAUCACCGCCCUCCGCGAGUGGUUACCAGGCGCGCACAACCUCCCCCUCUUCAGCUGGCAGGGCUUGGCGCUGAUACUAGCGCUACACGUGGGGCCGGUCGAGUGCCUCUACUACUGGUGCCACCGUUUCAUGCACACUCCGUUCUUCUACGCCAGCUACCACUGCCACCACCACGCGUCCGUCCAAACGGAGCCGUCCACGGCGCACGUGCACACGUUCCUGGAGCAGGUCGGGCACGCGCUGCUGCUCUGCCUGCCCGUGGUGGGCACGUGGCUGCUGGGCGGCGCGUCCAUCGGCGCGCUGUAUGUGUAUUGGCUGGCGUGCGACUUUGCGAACGCCGUGGGGCACUGCAACUUCGAGUUUGUGCCUGUGUGGCUGCUGCGCGCGCUGCCGUUCCUCAAGUACCUCGUGCACACGCCCACGUAUCACUCGCUGCACCACUCGGAACCGAGCAGCAACUACUGCCUGUUCAUGCCUGUGUAUGACCUCCUAGCGGGCACUGUCAACCCGAAGACUGACCACGUGCACAAAGAAGCUCGGAAAGGCCCUGUAGAGCACCCCGACUUUGUCUUCCUGGCCCACGGCGUCAACCUGCAAUCCUUUUUCCACCAGCCCUUCCUCAUGCCGUACGGCUCCACGCACCCCUUCAAACCGACCUGGACCACGUUCGUUCUCCUCAUCCUGUGCCUGCCGCUGUACGCGGUGCUGUGGUUCGUGUGCCCCGUGAUUAUAAUGGACCGAAAGACGCUCAGAAGACGCAAGCUGCAGAUCUGGACCGUGCCGCGCUUCGGCAUCAAUUAUUUCAUCCCCUUUGAGAAAAACUCCAUCAACCGCCUAAUAGAGUCCGCCAUUCUAGAUGCAGACAAGCAAGGGGUGAAAGUGCUGGCUCUAGGAGCGCUCAACAAGAAUGAGAGCCUCAACGGCGGCGGCAAGCUGUUUCUGGACCGGCACCCGGACCUCAAGGUUCGGAUCGUGCAUGGGAACACGCUCACAGCGGCGAUCAUUCUGAGGGAGAUACGGCCCGACACCAGGGAGGUGUUUCUCACGGGCUCGACUUCCAAGCUUGGACGGGCCAUCUCCCUGUACCUUGCGCUGCGAGGCGUGCGCGUGCUGAUGCUGACCCCCUCUAGAGAGCGCUUUGAGGCCAUUCGGUCAGAGCUACCAGAGGAGCGGCAGCACCUGCUGGUGCAAGUGACCCAGUAUUCACAAGCCAGCCAAUGCCCGGUGUGGAUCAUCGGCAAGGGCAUGAUGUGGUGGGAGCAGCGGCACGCACCACCCGGUACACACUUCCAUCAGUUUGUUGUGCCGCCCAUAGCAGAGGUCCGCAGGGACUGCACGUACGGCAAGCUGGCGGCGAUGCGGUUACCAGACGAUGUGGAGAACCUCAAGUUCUGUGAGCUGGCGUUGCCGCGCGGCCACAUCUAUGCAUGCCAUGCGGGGGGGCUUGUGCAUCUCUUGGAGGGGUGGGACUACCAUGAGGUGGGGCGCAUUGAUGUCAGCCGAAUCGACCCCACAUGGGAUGCGGCCAUGCGCCACGGCCUGCGACCCAUGCAGUGAUGCCAGUGCAGGGGUUCUAGCCCCAUGCCGUGGUGCCAGUGAAGGGGUUCGAGCCCCUUGCAGCGAUUUAGUGAGGGCUUACAAACACCAUUGAGGGUUCUGUUCUACCCCUGUGGAGUGGCCAGGGCGGGGUAUUUGCUGGUGGGAAGCAGCUUACCUUGGGCAGUGCAACAUGACCAAGUAAUCGCACUAACUCUAGGUGGGUUCUUCAAAUUAUCUCAGCAGCUCUUGGGUCAGUUCUGGUGCAUGCAUAGCUGCACUGCAGCUCUGCAGCAGUGAUGCUGCUUCUGAGUGGAAGAUAUAGCAGUGUUAGGCUAGGUUUCCAAGUACAAUUUGUCACUGUAAACUGCUGCAGUUCUGCAAGGCAGCUCGCAUGCACUUUGAUUGCAAGUCUCUCAAUUUCAUAGGGUUUCGUGUUUGGAGUAUUGAUGGUACGUUAAUGGAUGUUACA